GGGAGGGGAAAUCUCGUCUUUCUGCUGUGGCAACUUUCUGCUCUUCUGGGGUUCUCUCUCUCUGUGGUGUGGAAUUUUUUUUUUUCAACAGUGAAUUUUUGACAAAACAUUUUUUUAUAGUAAAAAAAAAAAAAAAAAAAAUUAGUGAUAUUUGUACAGUGAGGAAAAGAAAAUAGUUUAGAAAAAUAAAUAACGUAAUGGCAACAGUUGACGAUGUUUUCGAAAGUUGGGAGGAUAUGGAAGCUUCCGGGGCUCUAGAUCGAAAAUUGAAUGAUCUUCAAAUAAAUCCUUUGGACGAAUUAAAUGACGAAACUUCAAGGCUCACAAGCAAUAACGGCACAAGCACGAGAAUGAUUAUUUUAGGUGAUGACGCAUUACGUUCACAAUAUGUACCACCGAAACCAACGGUGAAAAUUUUAAAAAGGCCUUCAAGAAAUUCACAGGGUAGUGGCGAUGGUCCACUUUUAAAUGGCGAAAAACCAAAGCAACCAAUCAAAUCUCUUAAACAAAGAGAACAAGAAUAUGCCGAGGCAAGAAAAAGAAUUUUAGGUGAAGAGAAAAGUCCCGAGGAAAAAAUUGUUCAAGAAGUUAGUAAAAUUCAACCGAAGCCUUCAGUAUCAGUUCUAGGUGGCACUAGUGUCCCUAGUAAUGUGAUACGAAUGCCAAUGGGACCGGAUGGUACAAAAGGAUUUAAUGUAAGAAGAUAGCGCGUUAUUGAGGAGUUUCUCGUAAUUGUAAUCCAACUUGAACCUCUCGAAUUCUCUUCGAAGGAGAGGCGGCUAUGAGGCCGUGAUCAGCAUUCAGCUUCGUGCUCCAAAAAAAAAGAGAAAAAGAACACGAAAAAUUGAUCUCAAGUGGUGAAAAAGAAAAAAAAAUUAUAUAAUUCACACUCGAUCGACAAAAAAAAAAAAAAAAAAAAAAUGGGAGCGCGAGCUUACAGCUGUAUUCACAGCAUGUCUGUCUCGAAUUUUUAAAAUGUACAAAAAAGAAUAAGAAGAUGAAGAAAAAUGGAAUUACGCUUUCCAAAUAAUGAACUCGUAUUUUUUUUCCUUUUUUUUUAAACGAGUUUUAUAUAUAUAUAUAUAUAUAUAUAUAUUGAAGACCUACUGUCAAUCUUUGAAUACUCAGAGCGCGCGUGUAUUUUUUUUCGGUGAUCGAUUCUAUAAUUUAAAAAAAAAAUGUAGACAAAUUUAUUUAUGCAGAUUUCACUGUUCAAAGUUUAUUUAUAUUUAUUUUUUUUUGAACAGUGUUUCUCUGUCUUGUUAAAAGAAAAAGUCAAUUUUUUAUCUGCACUGUAAAAUAUAAUAAUGCAUUGACUGACGACUCUUGUUUUACAAAAAAUUUUUUUUCUAUUUAUAAUAAUAAUAAUAAUAAUAAUAAUAAUAAUAAUGUGGCAAUAUGUGACAGAAUGUUUAUUCAAUUUUAUCUACACGGAGAAACAAUAAAAAAAGGCAAAAAAAUUUUUUUUAAGUAAAAUUUACCGAACUGAUUUAGGAAAAUUUUACCAAACUGACAUAGUAAAAUUUACCAAAUCAUUGGAAAUGUUACCAUACUGAUUUGGUAAAACCAGUUGAAAGUAAAUUUUACCAUGUUAAUUUUGUAAAAUUUACCAAACUGAUAUAGUAUAAUUUAUGAAACGCAGUUAGAGAGUAAAUUUUACCAAACUAAUUUAGUGAAAUUUACCAAGCUUUACAAUUUUUUUUUCUGUUUUUUAUACAUUCUGCCUCCUUUAAUUUCAUUUUAGAACUGUAAUUUUAAGAAUUCGGAGGAAUUUCUUUUUGGGAUUGUUUUUUUUUUUUUUUUACAUAAAACACCAAAUGUGUAGGUAUUUGCUAAUCUCAUUGGGGUAAAAGAAAAAAUGUAUUUUUCUAUAGUAUUGAAAUAAUAUACAUAAAUGUUUCUUUUUUUUGUAUAUAUACAUACAUGUAUAUUCUUUUAGGAUCUAUAAAGAAAAAAAUAAUUAAGACUAGAUAUCCAAAGUUUCAUUUCCGGGCAACUUGUUUCAAUUUAUAAAUGUAUGAAAAGAUUAAUAUGAUUGUUAAUAAAAAUUUCAUAUAUUGUGGUU